AUAAAAAUUACUCUUUACUUAAUAAAAAGUUUUUCACUAAAUAAAUGUAAUCAGUCAACAAUUGUAUACCUUUUUCAAAAUAAUGGCGGAAAUUCAUCCUCCAUUUCCCGCCAUUUCUCUCUCUAAAAUCUCCCCCCAUUUCUUCUCCUUUCUCUCUCUCUUUCACACUCCAUUGUCGCGUUCUUCAUCACCGCCGUAUCAAUGGCGGAAACACCAAAAAAGCUCAGAAAAACACCGAUCAAAUCCGCCCCGAAAACCCCGAUAACCACCACACCUCGCCGUUCUUCCCGUUUCCUUUCUUCCCCAAUUUCCCCAAAUCCAAUCGACCCACCAAAAAACAUCACUCCAAGAAACACCCGACCCAAAUCUCGAAAGAAACUAAACACAUCCAAUGAUAAAGAUGAUACCUUUUCAUUCUCACCCGUCUCCCCUGAAGUAUCCGAAUCCAAGAAACGAAAAACCCGACCCGCUAAGAAGCCGAAAAAGAGAGUUUAUUACAAGAAAGUUAGUUACGAUGGAGGCGAGUUUUCAGUUGGGGACGACGUGUAUGUGAAAAGAAAAGAGGAUGAUUCGGUUGAUAAUGAUGAUGAUGACCCGGAAACUGAAGAAUGUAGGAUCUGUUUGAAGUCGGGUCGGGCUAUUAUGAUUGAAUGUGAUGAUUGUUUAGGUGGGUUUCAUUUGAAGUGUUUGAAACCGCCUUUGAAAUCCGUUCCUGAUGGUGAUUGGAUUUGUAGUUAUUGUGAGUCGAAAAAAUCGGGGAAAAAGGAUGUUGGAUUGCCUGAGCUUCCAAAAGGGCGAAGGACCGCGAAAGAAAAGCUGCUUUCGAGCGAUUUGUGGGCCGCUCGCAUCGAAAGUUUAUGGAAAGAGGUUGAUGGUAGCUUUUGGUUUCGGGGACGUUGGUAUAUAAUUCCCGAGGAAACAGCAGCCGGUAGACAGCCACAUAAUUUAAGACGGGAGCUAUAUAGAACUAAUGACUUUGCUGAUAAUGAGAUGGAAACUGUCCUUAGGCAUUGUUAUGUUAUGACUCCCAAUGAGUAUGCCAAGGCUGGAAAUGAAGGUGAUGACGUGUUUCUAUGUGAGUAUGAAUAUGAUGUAAAAUAUCAUAGCUUCAAGAGAAUUGCUGACAUUGAUCACAAUGAAGAGGAUGAGGAAGAAGCUGAGCAUGAUGAAGAUUGGAGUUGUGAUGAGGAUUCAGACUUUGAGUCAGAUGACGAUGACAUCGAGUAUGAAAAAGAGGAGAAGUUUAAGUCAAUGCUUGGGUCAACCCCUACUCAUGAAGUGGCUGCAAAUUCACGAAAGGGUCGUACCUUCGGGCUUCAGAAAAUAGGUGUAAAGAAAAUUCCGGAGCAUGUGAGAUUUCACAAGCAGACUGAACUUGAAAAGGCAAAAUCAACACUUUUGCUUGCAACUUUGCCCAAAUCUUUGCCAUGUAGGAAUAAAGAGAUGGAAGAAAUAACUGGAUUCAUCAAAGGUGCUAUAUGUGAUGAUCAAUGCCUAGGACGUUGCCUUUACAUUCAUGGUGUUCCAGGAACGGGCAAGACAAUGAGUGUGCUUGCUGUAAUGCGGAGUCUUCGAUCUGAAGUUGAUGCUGGAAUUACUAAACCUUACUCUUUUGUGGAGAUAAAUGGUCUGAAAUUGGCUACACCGGAGAAUAUAUACAGAGUUAUUUAUGAAGCUUUAACAGGGCAUAGGGUCAGUUGGAAAAAAGCUCUCAGCUUACUGAAUGAUAGGUUUUUAAAUGGGACUAGAAUUAGCAAAGAUGAUGAUCGCCCUUGUAUUCUUCUCAUUGAUGAACUUGAUCUCCUAGUAACUAGAAGUCAAUCGGUCUUGUACAACAUUCUUGAUUGGCCGACUAAGCCAAACUCUAAACUUAUUGUUAUCGGAAUUGCUAAUACUAUGGAUCUUCCAGAAAAGUUGCUUCCUAGAAUUUCCAGUCGAAUGGGUAUACAAAGGCUUUGCUUUGCCCCUUAUAACUACUUGCAGCUUCAAGAAAUCAUUGGAUGCCGUCUUAAAGGAAUAGAUGCAUUUGAGAAACAGGCUAUAGAAUUUGCGUCAAGAAAGGUUGCAGCAGUUUCCGGAGAUGCACGCCGUGCCCUUGAGAUAUGUCGCCGUGCAGCUGAACUAGCAGAUUAUCGAGUUAAGCAAUCAAGCCUGCUUCCCAAGACCGGAAAAACACUUGUUGGCAUGGCCGAUGUUGAAGCAGCCAUACAGGAGAUGUUCCAAGCUCCUCAUAUCCAGGUAAUGAGGAGUUGUUCUAAAUUGGGUAAGGUCUUCUUAGCGGCUAUGGUGCAUGAGCUCUAUAAAACAGGAAUGAGUGAGACCACCUUUGAAAAGUUGGCGCAAACUGUUUCACGUCUCUGUACAAGCAAUGGAAUAACAUUUCCAGGAUGGGACACAUUAUUGAGAAUCGGUUGUAAGCUUGGUGAAUCCAGAAUUGUUCUCUGUGAAUCAGGAGCCAGUCACAGGCUACAGAAGUUGCAGCUCAAUUUUCCUAGUGACGAUGUGAGUUUUGCACUGAAAGACAGCAAGGAGCUACCUUGGCUGACCAAAUAUAUGUGAUGACAUCCAAGGCCGGAUGUAUGUUCUACCAUAUUGAGGAGUUCAAAUCAUUUUUAUAGAUUAUUCACCACACCUACAAAUAUUGAGUAUACUGUUUUUAUUAUAUUGUUCGAGUUUUGUCAACAAAUGUUUCUGAUCAAGGAUAAGGCUACUAAGUGUACCUUUAAUGUUGUAUCUGAACCAUUUGGAUAUUAUAUUUAUUCUUAUGAAAUUAUUUUAGACAA